ACACACACACACACACACACACACACACACACACACACACACACACACACACACACACACACACACACACACAGGGAUAUACAGGACGGAAACAUGGCCAAACACCGCAAAGAGAGAGACAGCUGGGGGUCCCUGAGCGACAAGCCGGUGUACGACUGGAGCUCGGAGGAAGAGGAACCGGACGGACGGGCCCGGCCGGUGCAGGUCCUGCUGGUGAAGGAUGACCACACCUUCGAGCUGGACGAGGCGGCGCUGAGCCGGAUCCUGCUGAGCGCCGAGGUCCGUGACCGGGAGGUGGUCGCCAUCUCUGUGGCCGGAGCCUUCCGGAAGGGCAAGUCCUUCCUCAUGGACUUCAUGCUGCGCUACAUGUACAACAACGCGUCGGAGGGCUGGCUGGGCGUUGCAGACGAGCCUCUGACCGGCUUUUCCUGGAGGGGGGGAUCCGAGAGAGAGACCACCGGGAUCCAAAUCUGGAGCGAAGUCUUCCUGGUGGACAAACCGGACGGCACCAAGGUGGCGGUUCUGCUGAUGGACACUCAGGGAACGUUUGACAGCCAGUCGACUCUGAGAGACUCGGCCACCGUGUUCGCUCUGAGCACCAUGAUCAGCUCCAUGCAGGUUUACAACAUCUCACAAAAUGUACAAGAGGACGACCUUCAGCACCUGCAGCUCUUCACUGAGUACGGCAGACUAGCAAUGGAGGAGACGUUCCUCAAACCCUUUCAGUCCAUGAUCUUCCUGGUCCGAGACUGGAGCUUUCCCUACGAGUUUCCCUACGGACAGGAGGGAGGCAUGAAGUUCCUGGAGAAGAGACUGAAGAUCUCAGAGAACCAGCACGAGGAGCUGCAGAACGUCCGGAAGCACAUCCACUCCUGCUUCACCAACAUCUCCUGCUUCCUGAUGCCUCACCCCGGACUCAAGGUGGCCACCAACCCCAACUUCGACGGCAGGAUUAAAGAGAUCGACGGGGAGUUCAUCAACAACCUGAAGGUCCUGGUGCCGUGGCUCCUCAGUCCUCAGAACAUCGACGUGAAGGAAAUCAACGGCAGCAAGAUCACCUGCAGAGGUCUGCUGGAGUACUUCAAGGCGUACAUUAAGAUUUACCAAGGUGAGGAGCUGCCACAUCCAAAGUCCAUGCUGCAGGCCACAGCAGAGGCCAAUAAUCUGGCCGCCGUCGCUGCUGCAAAGGAUCUGUACAACAAGAAGAUGGAGCAGGUGUGCGGUGGGGAUCGGCCCUUCCUGGCCCCCAGCGAGCUGCAGGCGCGGCACGGGGCCAUCAGGGAGGAGGCGCUGCAGGUGUUCAAGGGUGUGAAGAAGAUGGGGGGCGAGGAGUUCAGCCGGCGCUACCUGCAGCAGCUGGAGACCGAGGUGGACGAGGUGUUCGUCCAGUACAUCAAGCACAACGACUCCAAGAACAUUUUCCACGCCGCUCGCACCCCCGCCACCCUCUUCGUGGUCAUCUUCAUCAUGUACGUGGCCGCCGGCAUCACGGGCUUCGUGGGCGUGGAUGUCAUCGCCAGCCUGUGCAACAUGGUGCUGGGCCUGGCGCUCAUCACGCUCUGCACCUGGGCCUACAUCCGAUACUCUGGGGAGUACCGUGAGCUGGGGGCCGUCAUCGACCAGGUGGCCGGGGCCCUGUGGGACCAGGGGAGCACAAAUGAGGCUCUCUACAAGCUGUACAACGUAGCAGCCAAUCACAGGCACCUUUACCACCACGCCUUCCCCGGUGGGCCUGAGGUGGACGAGGCUGCAGAGGAGCCGGACAGGAAGAGGAACUGAUCACUGAGACAGCAGGGACUCCAUCAGACACUCUUUUACUCUGGUGUCGGCCCACCAGUAUAUCCACUACUUAAAGCUAAUAAGGGACUGUGUAUUGUUCAUGUAAAGGCAGAGCAUCUCUUCAGUGGCGCCUGGAGCUCAUCUUCGUCUCUUUUGUCCAUUAAAUAUCACCUGUACAGAAGCUCCAGGAUCUCCUCGGCAUAUUCGACCUCCAACAAAGUGACUUAAAAUGACUACAUUGUGACUUAUAACGACCGCAAAAGGCAAAUUGACAGCAAAGUGACAUACAAAGAUUACCAAAAGGCUUAAAAUGACCACGAAAUGACAACAAAGUGACUCAACAGGACUACAAAGAGACGUUAAUGACCACUUUAAGACCCAAAAUCUCUGCAGAGUGACUUCAAAUGACUACAAAAAGACAAAUUGCCAAGAAAGUAACAUCAAAUGAUUACCUUAAAGGAUUAAAAUGACCACAAAAGGACUAAAGGUUAUUCAAUAAGACUACAAAGAGACACAAAAUACCCAGUCAAUGACAUAAAAAGACUAAAAGACACACAAAAUGCAUAAUUGAUAUCAUAUAUGGACUACAAAGUCAAUGAAAAUGACUACAAAUUGAUUCAAAAUGACUAAGUAGUGACUUAAAAUGACAACAAAAACACAAAUUGACUUCAAAGUACCACACAAUUAUUAAAAUGACCACAAAAUGACAAGAAAGUGACUCCAAAUGUCUACAAAUGGACUUAAAAUGACUACAAUUAGACAGAAAAUGAUCACAAGAAGACUCAAAGUGACUAUUAAGAUACAAGGGUGGUCCUUCACUUGUCUGAGCCCAGGAGCCCCUGCCUCCACUCUGUCGUUGAUCUCCUAUCCAACACGUUUUUUCCUCCGUCACAACGCUGGUUUUCAGAGUAAACUCAGAUGUGUGAAACCCAUUCGUGCCGAUGGUUCUGUUCUUUGGAGUUUAGUGCUGUUCAUCAGAAACCAUGUGUAUGAUCUGUACUGUGUGUUUAAAAAACAACGCUCCAUCCGCAUGGUCCGUCCUCUCUGGAGCUCUGCAGCAGGUCGACUGCUCUGUUUUAAUGGUUGUGAUUCAGUGGUUUAGUGCCAUAACUACAUGUAGACAAUGGUUUCACCGCGGCACUUUCACUAUGAUUUCUGCAUCAGGGAGAAGUUUACACAUCACAUCACCAUCUGCUGUCUGUGUGUUCUCUCUAAGGCUGAGGGAAUGAGUGUGCUUUGUUUUUUAUUGGAUGUUUGAGCAAAUCUGAGGAAUGUAGCUUCACACAGCUCUUUGUUUUUUCACUUAUUCCACGUUGGUGAUGUUUUAACGGUGCGUUUACUUUGGGUUUAUACACUUAGAUGUUUAAAUCUGUCCACUUGUGAGACUUUUUGCAUAAUAUGGCAUCAGCUUCUGCAGGAAUGAGUCCUAAAACCCAGGAAUGAGUCGGCAUUCUAGCCCUUCCUGUUCUGUUUGUGUGGAAGUCAAUGGGUUUACUGAAGUAAAAGUAGAAAUACUACGGUUGUAAAAUACUCCAUUGAAAGUAAAAGUCCUAAAUUCAACGUUUUACUGAAAUAUCAGCCUCAAAAUAUAACUAAAGCAUGCAGAACUAUAUAUUUAAGUACUGUUAUUAUUACUGAAGACUUCAUGUUCACUUUGUAACGGGGGGUUUAUUUUAAGUGCUUUGUAUGCUGCUUUACCUAAAAUAAUAUAUCAAAAUGUUAACAAUCUCAAAGUACGUGUAAGUUAUUGAACAAAUUAUGAUUUUACCCCCAGACUAUUUAAAGAGCUUGUAAAAUAUAUGGUUUUAAAUUACCUUAAUCUGCAAUAUGUUAAACCAUUAGUACGUUAACAGACGUUGUACAGUACGUUAACUUAAACUACGUUGGCACAGUUUAAGUUUUUAGGUUUCAUUUUCAGCUUCUUAAGUCUGAAGAGUUGCUGCUUUAAUUUAAUUAUUCUUAAUUGAUUUCCAAAAUAAGAUCUGGUAAUUGCUGUAUUUCUUUCUGCAGAAUAAGACAUUUUUAAUUCAAUGUUCCUGAUUACAAAAUAAAUACAUUCUCAUAAAAUGUUUGAAAUGAAAUGCUAUUAAUAUACAAACUAUCUAAUAGUGUCAUUAUAUGUUGUACAUAAUAAUAUCUAUGAAACAGACUUUUCUUUGCAGACUGAUUCCUUUUACUUGUAUUUAAGGAUAUCUUCCUGACUAUACUUGAAUACUUGUAAUGGAGUAUUUUCAAUGUAGUAUUUGUACUUUAGUUUAAGUAAAGGAUUCUUCCUGCAGCACUUUUUUUUUGCAGCUUCUGCAGAAAUAUGAUAUUUCUUGUUGCACAUUCAGUCUGUUCUGACGUUUGAGUCGCAGUGUGUCACAGAAACGUCCGUCCAUCAGGAAGGUAGCAUCAGUUACUGUUGCACUUACACUCUAAAUCUGUUGAAUAUGUAUCACAACAUCUUUAUCUUGUAAUUUUAAUCAAUUCCUGAAAUCUUCUCCAGAUAGUUGUUGUGUCAGAGCACUGAAAGACAAACACCGCCACACGCUUUGUUUCUGAACACGCUCUGCAAAACAUACAAAACAAAAACAUAAAUAAUAAAGUUGGACCAAAUUAAAGAAAA